CUUUUUUAAUUAUAUAAAAAAAGUUCCAUAAUAAUAUAAUAAAUAAUCUAGCUAGCUAGGGUCUUAGUAUUAUUAUAAUCUUUUUCCUCAAACACUACUACUUCUAAACAAUAUCCCCAUUUUUCAAACACAAACUACAAACAACAAUGGAAGAAGUUUGGAAAGAUAUCAACCUCCCUGCAACCACCACUAACCACCGUGGAGACACCACAAAUGGCUACCGUGGAUUCAUUCUCCAAGACUUUUUAGCAAAACCCUUUUCUUCAAGUACUACUAAUCAUCAUGACACCCACUCACACACACCCACAAGUGCUUCUUCCCUUAGUUAUGGAUCCCCAUCACCAUCACCACCACCGCCGCCGCCGCCACCGCCGCACUCUCAACCACCCAUGCUUUUGAACUUGAACUCGGGUCCGGAUCAGUUGAACUUUCUUGGAGAAGAUCUGACCCGGAAUGUUGUUUGUCCUUUUGACCAAGUUUUAGCGUCGUCUAACUCUUCUUCUGGGUUGUUGGCAAAUAGUGGAAUGCGGUCAACGUUACCGGUUACCGACCGGACCGGUGGUGACCGGAGGCACAAAAGGAUGAUCAAGAACCGGGAGUCUGCUGCUCGGUCAAGGGCUAGAAAACAGGCUUACACGAAUGAGUUGGAAAACGAAGUUGAACGUUUGAAAGAAGAGAAUGCUAUCCUCAAAAGGCAGCAACAACAGCUACAGGUGGCAACAGCAGCUCAAAUGACCAAAAAGGGGGGCCUUCAAAGAACAUUAACUGCUCCUUUUUAAGACACGGAGGGGGGUAUAUUUUAGGAAAGAGUAACAAUAUGUAAGGAUGAAAUUUUGAGGGGGUAGUUAUGAAGUUAAGUAUUCUUAGAGGGGCAGGUAGAAUCUUGAAUUGUAUCAUUUGGGUCAAUUUUUUCCAAGCAUGCAAAAGCUUGUUGUUGUACUUUGACCCCACUUGUUUAAUUUAGUAAUUUAACAGUCCCAAGUAUUGAAAAUGACAUUA